AUGAUAGAUUGGGCGUCAUUACAACGAAGAGACAUAAGUAUAUCUAAUUUGCGUUUGAAUAGUCCUGUAGAUAAAGGGAUACAUUGAAUCAUGUGACUAAAUAGGUAAACCUGCUGUACUCAUUUCUUAUUCAGUCUUUAAACCUCGAUAUUUUUCUGGUAAUGGACGAGAUUAAUGCUGUACUUGUUAAAGGCACAGCUUUGAUUUGAAAUGGCCCGUACUUUUCAUGGAAUUCCAACUUCUGAUCGAUUAACGACGAUUUAUCUGCUGAAACUUCCAAGAGGCAUCGAAACAUCUGGUUUAUUGUUCUCUAAGUGAUUCCUCUCCAGCGUCCUAGCCUUCCCAUUAUCACAGAUAGCCGAUUACAGUCAAAAGAUGGCAACCUUCCCCAAACCUAGUUAUCAUUAACAAAGGCUUGCAGUGCACUUUUGAGAUUCGUUUAUGGAUUGUCAGCGAAGACAAACUGACCAUAUCUCUACAGUUCUGGAUAUAAUUGACACAGGAUUAAUCUCAAGAUACUCAUAUUAUUCCACAUAAGGCUGCACUGCAAAAAUGAAUUCCCCUGUCCUCUUCUCUUUAUUGCAACCUGAAGAUUCGACGUUCUUUAUAAUUUAUUUUGAGUUUUUCGUGCCAAACUCCUUCUGUCAGUUUAUUUUGUGAGGACCUUGUUUUGAUCACCACUCACUAUCCUUUUGUCUGGUUUACUUUCAGGAGGCAAGACAUUCAGGACUACGGUUGACACAUUGACUCGACGUGAGCCUGAUUCAAUGCUUGCAGCAAUGUUCAGUGGUCGUCACAGUGUACCCCGAGAUCCUGAUACGGUAUUACAAGUUCUCUAUGAUGUCAUUUUGUCGUCUUUUGAGUAGCCUAUAUUUUACAGAUUAUUGCUGAACUUGGGUCCAAGAGAGCAACUUUUGUUUAUUUUUUAUAAAUUUUAAGUUGAGGAAUGUUUUUUCAUGGGAGAAAUUGAACAUAAUACAUCAACGCAAAGCCCCACAGAUGACAGGCAACUAUUGUGUUGACUGGAAAAAUGCAGGCUCUUCAACUGCCAUUAUGUAACUCUAUGUAGUUUUCAUUGACUAUUUUGUAUUAAUCCUCCUAUUUUAUACUAUAUUAUCUGUUAUAAUUUACUAUUACCUUCACCUUUUAUUACAUUUCAGAUUAAAUCAGUUUAUUUUUUCAUUAUAUAUCGUACACAAAUUUUUGCUAAUCUUAGAUUACAUGGUUAAAUGCGUCGAUGACCUUCUUUAAGGAUGGGCUUUGCCUUUUCUUAAUUAACUAUGUUAGUUCCUUUCUGCAUUAACUUGAUUAGCUUAUGAUACAGAAGAGGACACAUUUGUUACUUGUUGUUGACCAUUAACCAACACAAACUUGGCUGACCAGUCCCAAUUAUGCUUCAGGUUUAAUUUUCAGCAAACAUAUUUGAAGACAUAAAAAUGCGAGUAGAAUACUAGAAUUCGCAAAAUAUCGUAUCCGUUCUCCUAGUUUUAUACGAUUUCUCGCUCUAAUACUGUUCUCAUUUUUUGUAUUCAUGGGUGCUUCUAAUGCAGUUACCGUACCAUUAUACGGGAAAAAGUGCCAGUAGGCCUAGCAUAGCUGUCUUCUAUCUCCUACAUACGAAUGAGACUUUUUGUAUUCUAAACCACUUUUUUAUCUUUUUACUAUGGUAUUAGAGUAUGUUGAGGAGUAGGAUUUCAUUGUGAGUUUUAAAGCCUCUGUUUUCCAUCUCAGUUCUCUCAAUUUUUUUUGCCAUCCCUCCGAUUUGGAGAAGGAUAUGCGGGACAUAUCUUUAUUCGGAAGCUCCUGUUUCUCUCUUUUUAGUCUUGUUGCAUCUGAGUAUGUUUAGGUUUGGGGUUCUGUUGUUUGUUUUCCAGGCUAUGUUUCGUUUUGACAGUUCUGUCUUGUUUCCUUGCCAACCUCAUGUUGCCGAGAUGAGGAAGUGAGUCAACUUCUUAUCUUAUUAUCUCCUUUCCUUUUUUGCUUCAUAUCUGGUUGUUGUUCUGUCAUGCUACAAGGGCCCUGAUGCUACAGUGGCCAUGCAGUGCUUGGAUAGUCUCAUGAUGCUGCAGCACCCGUCAAAUUUUCUUUCAUCACUGAAGCCACUUUCCAAGGCCUCGUUGCCCCUCAGUUGUCUCUUCUCUUUGGAUGACCCAAUUUCUUGAGCUAGGCUUGAGAACUGCAUUUUAUCUGUUCCUUCAGAGACUUUCUCUCCUCUACCCUGAAGUUCCUCUGUGCAAAGCUUCACUUCAUACUCAUUGGAGUACUUGCCCUCACCUUAUCGAGUAUCCUUUUCCUACUGACGUGUGACGAAGGUCCAUGAACAGUAUUACUGGCUGCAUUCAUCUUCUCAUAAGACACUCGUGAAUGACUACGUACGUACUAUCUUCUCAUGAAAUCAUUGCCUACCAAGCAAUCUGACUGUUAUCAUCCAGUUUAUUAUCAUGCUAUCGCUCCUUACCUUCAUCCUGUGUUUUUUGCCUGCCUUCUUCCUACUGUCAUGAUUUUGUCAUUGAUCUAAUAUUCAUAGUAAAUACUUUUUAGUUGUUUCUAUAUCUUAACACUGUGGAGUAUUGCAACAUUCAUAGUCCAGUCCAGCUGUCAAAAUACCUAUUUGGUUUUGUGGUAAUGGGUUCUGUUGGGCUAGUAGGAUUUUGUCUUCCAAGAUAUUGAGGGAGGCUCAUCUUUAUGAUAUAGCUUUUAAUAUUCUCUAGAAAAUUUUAUUUUGUGCAAGUUAAUUUGGCGUGCUUAGGUGUAGUAAUCAACUGACUUGUAUUAUUGUUUCUUGAUUUAAAUUUGCUAGGGAGUUGUCUUCAUUGAUAGGGAUGGAAAAUAUUUCCGACAUAUUUUAAACUGGUUGAGAGAUGGUGCCAUUGCCCACCUUAAUGAAUCAGAGUAUGAUGAGCUGCGGCGAGAAGCAGAAUACUAUCAAUUGAUUGUAAGUCAUAUUUUGACCAUUAUGAAUUUCAUGUUUCACAGAUCAUAAUUGAUUUACGAAUAGACUUACAUUUUUCAACAUACUGAUGAAAAUCUGUUACUUUGCGAGCAUAUGAUUUCCUUGCAUAUAACUGAGUUUAUCCCUAAAGGGCUUCCCAUCACGAUGGCCUACUUACUUUAUAACUCCUGAAGUCUCUGCCCACGCACCCCCCCCCCCCUCUCAAAAAAAAAAACGUAUACAUUUUUACAUUUCAGCCAUCGCGAAUGCAUGAUCUGUGUAUUUCAGAAUGGAGAAGGUUGAAACUUUAUUUUUUCAGUAUUCCAUAAGAUUUUUUAUUUUCUUUUCGGACAAAAUCUUGUAUUAGUGAUCAAUGUCUUUUUCCUUCCCAUUGCCAUGCUGUCUCUAUAUGAAAUUUAUUGUGAAAACCCAAGGUGUAAAUAUAGUUGAAUGUUUUACCCCUGUUGUUCCACGCAUGAAUAUAAUAUUGUAUUUAUGCCAUUCAAAAAAAAUCAUUCUGAGGAAGGUACCCAGGAUUUUUCAAUUUUAUUUACAGGAUUAAUUGGAAAAGCGAUCAUAAUCCAAUGGAUGCUUUCUAUUUUUACCGCAGUUUAAGUAAAUUUGUAAUUUUCUCCCCAUGGUAGAAGUCUUUUGGUUUCCCAGCAUAUUUUUGGUGCUAUAAAAUCCUCUUCUCCCUCAUUUAGGGUCAGGUAAAAAGUUUGUUGCCUGCUGAGAAAUUUUCAGUGAUAAAAUUAUGUAAUCUGGGUAGUCUUUUCAGAGUUCUUUUGUAACCUCUUUUGGUCUUUUAGUGAAAAUAAUACAAGUCUUGAGAAGCUGUUUCUUUUUCUUCAUUCUAAUGAGACAAUUUCCAUCUUUUAAAUUCCUCAUUCUUGCAUCCGUGGCGAUUGCGUUUCUUGACCGGUUUUGAAUUCUUUACUAUUUAGUUUUGUUUCCAAAUUUUGUUCUUGUCCUGUAGAUUCACAUGUGUUUGGUUUUCCAGGGGCUGGUUGAUCAUAUAACAUCGGUUUUAAGCAGCAAAAAGGAUAGCAGUUUAGAAGCUGAACUGACACGCACUGAGGUUGUUAGAUGCAUUCAAUAUCAGAGGGUUAGAUUCCGUGGAUUGAAUCUUUCUGGCCUUGAUCUGUCCAAACUUGUAAGCUCUCAAAUCUGUCAACUAUAUUUUUUGAGUUUCAUCUUCAUUGAUAUUCUAUGUGCAUCUCUUUGAUGUGGUCAAUUCAUACCUAGAGUUUGAGAUCAAUAAGAAAUGUAAUUCCUAGGCGUUCCUUUUCUUGUGUAUGAAGUGUCUACUUACCACUCUCUCUAAAAAUUUGUGCUGGAGUAUUGAUGUAUUAUGGAUAUAUUUUUGAAAAGAAGGUAAGGUAAGUGCUUGAAUCAGCCACUAUGUUUUAUAUCCUACGAAAGAUUUUCCCUUCGAUCUUCUUUUCUUUGUAAAUAUUUGGUGAGCACUUUGUUCACAUUAUGCUGCUUGACCUUUAAAAUGCAGCAUCUCUUCUAAGCAAAUAGUUAAUAUGACCUGCUCUUGGUUCUACUUACAUUAGACCAUAUGGAUUCCCCAUUGGGAUUGAUGAUUCUGGGAAUGCAGGAUUUAUCUCUAGUCGACUUCAGUCAUUCUUGUAUACAAAAUACUGUUUUUUCACAUGCAUACCUCCAGUCUGCCAAAUUUCGGGUAUGUUUUCCAUUUGAUCAUUUUUUUUCAGAAUGCACUCGUCUUUGUUAUUUUUUGGAAGUUUCUUUUUUAUAUUUGCUUGCCAUUAUUUUUUAAUACACUCCAUCAAUGUCCAUAUUGAUCAUUAUCAUCUAUUAUUCACGUGAGACAUUUAAGAGUUUUUUGGGGAUCUGCGUGGUUUCUUUGCAGGAUGCGGAAGCUGAAGGUUCCAAUUUCCGCAAUGCAAUUUUGCGUGAGUAAGGCUCUCCAAAGCUAUCUGAUUCAUCUAUCUAAGUUGACAAUUCAUAUGUUUUUGUGGGAAACAUGUCCAUUCUGAUUCAUCUAUCUGAGUUCUUUUUCCUCUUUCAUAUACGUUUUUCUUUACAAUGUUCUACAAGUUUCUUUUCCUAAUGAUUAUGCAAAGUCUUUGAUUGAUUUGUUGUCAGAUAAAUUGAAGUGUAUGGUGAGGGAUAUCUUCUCUAAUCUUCCAAUUGGUCGACGGAAAAAUUGGACUGUGAUGAUAAUAUGCCUUGGAGGACAACAUUUAUCCCCAGGAAUGUUUAUAUUUAUCCCCGGUUUUCCUUCGGAUUUGUAUUUUCGACAUCUAAGUCUGAGAAAGUUAACACAGUAACAGACCAUCAGCAUCAUGUACUUUGGAGCGCUCAUAUUUGUUAUAUUCCAAGGCUGCCAUACUCGCUAAUUAUAAACAAAAUAGAGUGAUUUGACAAGUAGCCGUUUGUCUAAAUCGUCACGUGGAUUAACAUAUCUUGGGUCCCCCCUUCCCCAAUGGACAACGGGAGUUUCUGACGUGAGGAUGGAAACUCCUCUCUCUCUCUCUCACCCCCUCUGUUGGAUGUUCUUAUUUAAUUAUAUAGUCAUUCAUUGCUCUCAAGUAGUUGAAAUACUACAUGGCACUUGUUUUAGGAAAGAUGAAUCAUCCUAAAUCACUGUUGAGUGAGUUGGCUUAGAAUUCGUAUUUUACCCUCUGGAUUUACUUAACGCUCUAAGCUUCAUUGUUUUAAUCGCAUAACUUAAUCUGGUUGAUGUACCCUCAGUGCUCUCAAUACUUGACGUACGCCAAAGGCCCAUGAUUUCUAUUUUUUCUUGUUCUUUAUAUCUUCUCAAGGUUUUUUGAUAUUGACUAGGGAAGAUGUGAAUUUUCUGGGGCAAAUCUUCGAGGAGCUAUUUUAGAUGGAACUGAUCUUCGGAGUGCAAACCUCCCAGGUAAUUUCGUGCAUUUUUUACCAAACCAUCACGCUUUCUAUCUCCCGUUAUGCUCUUCAUGAACCUUCAAAGAAGAAGAUGGCAUCUCUAGAAAAAAGAAUGCCCCUUCAUGUAUCAGAAUGUCCCGCCCAUCAUCAUCUGCCUGAGAUACGACUCCAUCUAAACGUGAUCUUUUCCAUUUUGUCAACCCUUGUACAUUGAAUAUAUUUCCUUCACAGUAGCUAUCUGGGUUGAUAGGCCAGUGGAAUUGGGAGAUGAGUGGCGGUAAAAUGUGCUUUGAAGAAUAAUUCUUAUUGCAUAUAUUUCCGAGUUUGCAGAUGCCUGCCUGGUAAAAUGUAGCCUGUCCCAAGCAGAUCUUCGGACAGCACACCUCCAGGUUGGCCAUUCUCCCUGUCACAUUGCUGGGCUCUGCAUGGCAUAUAUCGCUUGCUCGGAGAUGUCUCUGGUUAUCGCUACUGAUGUCUGCACUAAGCUCGUCUCAUGCAUAUGCUUUACACUUCAGGGUGCUGACCUCACCGAUGCAAACUUGGAAGGAGCUAAUCUAGAAGGCGCCAAUCUGAAGGUAUUCCUGGUUAUUGAUAUUACUCACAAACAUAUCACGUCAUCUAAUUGAGAAGCAGUUGAAACCCAUUGGAGUAGGCCUGUGAAUAUAAUCGUGCCGUUUGAUUUAUUAUUUAUAAUGUGGGGUUAUUCCAUCAGGCUCAAUCAUGUGCAAAAUGGCUUUUGAGCUUUGUUAUAUCGAUUAAUUUGAAUGGGGCGCCUGCUGCUCACAUCCUGCCCAAACCCAGUCGGCAACAGUUGUGCCAAAGUCGUAGGCUAUGAUCGAUCAUCCCGUUCUAGGCCUCUGCGUCUGAUUAGACUUACACAGCGGUCUCUGGAGCAGCAGCCUCUCCACUAUCCCACCCUCGGCUUAUAUGAGCCAAGCAUGCCAGCGUUUUCCACCCAGAUGGGUUUCUCGUUUCGGGAUAGAUCCCUAGCUUAUGGCCUUCAUCUGGGUUUUGACUUCUGUGGACACAGCUCGCCGGAUAAAGCGUUGACUUGAUAACCAACCCAGAUCACUUAUUCUCUUCAGAAACUCCCUCAUCAUCAUCAUUUCCACCCUCGGCUUGUCGCCUUCAUCUGGAUUUUGACUUCUGUCGCCACAGCUCGCUGGAUGAAGCGUUGACUUGAUAACCCAGAUCCCUUAUUUUCUUCAGAAACUCCCUUAUAGUCCUCAUCAUCAUCAUUCUUAAGCCUCGCCUUGUUGCCCUCUUAUAUUUAUUUACUGCAGGGUGCCAAAGUUGGUGGAGCAAACUUUCAGAGCGCGAAUCUGCAGAGAGCCUACCUGCGCGAGGUCGAUCUGCGGGAAGCGGUAAGUGAAUUUCCCCUCCCCUCCCCCUCGCCGCCCACCAACCUGCUUACGGUGAAUCCGGGGGAGCAAUUUUUAUGUACAAGUGCUCCUCCUACGUUGCAGCAAAUGGAUGGCGCGAUGCUGAUGGGCGCGAACACGAUAGGUGCCAUCAGGUAG